AUGGCCAUAGACACUGCUGAGCUAUUAGGGCUGAAGAUGGAACCUUCUAAAGAUAGUAUCACUUCCGUGGAUAGCUCCCGAGUAAAGUCAGCAGGCAUGAUCACGAAUGUUAAGGUGGAGAUAGGGGAAUGCAUUAUCCUUGUGGACUUUCAUGCUAUGGAUAUCAAAUCAGGCAAGACAUCUCCACUUCUUUUUGGAAGAGCCUUCAUGGCUACAGUGGGGGCAGUUUGUGAUCUUAAGAGAAAUAAGAUGUGUCUGACUAAUGUUGAUGAAACUGUCUUCUAUGAUCCCACGGAAAAGAAGAAAAGUGAGGAGCUUAUUUCAUGCAUAGAGAUGUUUGAAGAUGCAGGACCUACAGCUGAUUCAAAUCGCGUGCCUGCAAAACCAGAAUCAGUGUCGUUCGACAUUAGAAUUGCAGCAUCGGUCGACAUCCAGUCAUCAAAAUCGAUCGACAAUAAACCUUCAGCAUCGGACGACUCUCAGUCUUCAGAAUCGAUCGACACGAAGCCUUCAGCAUCGGUCGACACCCUCCGACUUUCAGAACAGCCCAAGACUGAAAAGUCUAAGUCUGAGGGAUUGUCCAAGAAUAGAAAGAAGAAAAAGAAAAGGAAUGCAGAUGCGGAUUCCCUAUCAGUAGUUCCUUUGCAAUGUCAAGAGGGUAGUCUUGAGUAUAGAGUGCGCUGCAGAGGAGAUUCUAAACCUUUUACCAAAGUUAGAGUGCUAUGUAAUUCAGAGCUGAGAGAGAAAGGAGAAGUUUAUGCAAGAGCCUUUCUCAACUGCAUCAACAAAAUGAGUAAGAGAGACACUUAG